AAUGUCAUUUUAAAUGUCAAUCAAGAAGCAAAGUAUAUUGCAAAAUUAAAAUUGUAAUUUUUAUUAUACGAAAAUUGUAUAAUAUUUUUUUAAAUCUUAAGAUAUUAAAUAUAAACAGUCACAACAUUCCAAAUACAGGAUAUAUCGUGCAGUGAAAUUGUGAAGUCGGAUAUACAAGAACUGUGUCAUAACAAAUUAGUGUGGAAUUACGAUUAAUAUUAUGAAUUGGAUUACUUGGAGUAUAUUUUUAUAAACUACACAUUUGCAUUGUCCGGCAAGAAUAUUUAAAGUGCAUUAACCACCGAAGUUCCGUUACUUAACCAAAAUUAACUCAGGUAUGGAGACUGACGAGGAUGUGGGCCGAGGCAACAUGUUGGACAACAUGCCUCCAAUUAGCUGUGACGUCACGCUGGAAGGCGAGGUGGGCACCGGCUCCAAUGAAAUCGGUGACCUCACAUUCUGCAUGGGAAACUAUAUCAGUGACUUUAUGAAGAUGAUGUUCACGAUGCGGUCACACCACAUGUUGACUGACGUCGUGUUGGAGGUCGGCAACGAGCUCUUCCACGUCCACAAAGUCGUGCUGGCUGCGGGGAGCCCUUACUUCAAAGCCAUGUUCACGAGCGGGCUGAAGGAAUGCGAGAUGUCGAGGGUGAGGCUACAAGGAGUUUGCCCCUCAGCCAUCGCGUGGCUCGUGUAUUUCCUCUACACCGGGAAGAUUAGGAUUACGGAGAUCACCGUGUGUCAGUUACUGCCUGCCGCUACUAUGUUCCAAAUAACGAACGUGAUCGACGCGUGCUGUGCCUUCCUGGAGCGUCAACUGGACCCGUCCAACGCCAUUGGCAUCGCCAACUUUGCUGAGCAGCAUGGCUGCGUCGACCUUAAGAAGAAAGCUAACCAGUUCAUUGAGAGGCAUUUUACUCAGGUAUGUCAAGAAGAAGAGUUCCUACAGCUGACGCCGCAGGAGUUAAUAUGUAUGAUCCGCAGAGACGAACUCAACGUCAGAGAAGAGAGGGAAGUCUAUAAUGCAGUACUCAGUUGGGUGAAGUAUGAUGAAGACAGAAGGCAUCCCCGAAUGGAACAUAUCUUACAAGCGGUGAGAUGUCAGUAUCUCACGCCAAGUUUCCUCAAAGAGCAGAUGAGCACGUGCGCAGUACUGAAGAAAGUGCCUGCCUGUCGGGAAUACCUCGCCAAAAUAUUUAAGGAUCUCACGCUACACAAGAAGCCGGUAGUAAAAGAGCGGCGACCGAACACCCCUCGCAUCAUAUACGUCGCCGGCGGCUACUUCCGACACUCGAUAGACUUGUUUGAAGCCUUCAACUUGGACGACAACUGUUGGACAACGCUGCCCAGGCUUACCGUGCCGCGGUCAGGGCUGGGCGCUGCGUUCUUAAAGGGUCUAUUCUAUGCAGUCGGCGGUCGCAAUACAUCACCUGGUUCAUCUUACGACAGCGAUUGGGUAGACGUAUACAACCCCGCCACCGAACACUGGAGACCAUGCAGUCCUAUGUCCACGCCCAGGCACAGGGUAGGAGUUGCUGUAAUGGAUGGACUAUUGUACGCUGUUGGCGGUAGUGCAGGAUCUGAAUACCACAAAUCUGUAGAAUGUUACGACCCCGAGCGUGACACGUGGACGUCGGUAGCGUCAAUGGGCUGCGCUCGGCUGGGCGUCGGCGUGGCCGUGGUCAACCGACUGCUGUACGCGGUGGGAGGCUUCGACGGCGCCAGACGAAUCGCGUCCGUGGAGUGCUACCAUCCAGAGAACAAUUGCUGGAAUGAGGUCGCGCCUAUGAAUAUUGCUAGGAGUGGGGCUGGUGUAGCAGCAAUGAACCAAUACAUCUACGUAGUCGGCGGGUACGACGGUUCGCAACAACUCGCCUCUGUGGAACGCUAUGAUACGGAACGUGAUGUGUGGGAGCUGGUGGCGCCCGUACACAUCGCGCGAUCCGCCCUCUCCCUCACUGUGCUCGAUAACAAGUUAUAUGCAUUAGGUGGUUACGACGGCACGUCGUUCCUAGACAUAGUAGAAGUGUACGACCCUUCGACGAACACUUGGAGCAGCGGCACGGCGCUGACGUCGGUGCGGUCGGGGCACGCGUCGGCGGUGUGCUACCAGCACGUGGCGCCGCCCUCCGAGCCCAGCGAGGCGCUGCCCACCGUCAUCAAGAAGCGCGCCCGCCGCCCGUCGCCCGCGCCGCAGGCCGCGCCCGACAUCCCCACCGCCAACAGCAUCAUCGGCACGCUGUGCAACCCGCGCACCCCCAGCGACUACCUGUAGGCGCCGCCGCCGCCGCACCACGACGCCUGCCCGCGGCCACGUCGCGCGACUCUAAGGACGUACACUCUCCGUAAUCUCAAAUUGAUAUCCGGCUACAAUUAUCACAUCAAUCGGGCUCUCAGAGCAACAUACUAUUUAUUAAAUCAAAUUGAAACAAACAUGUUUUUCGAAUUAACGGAGUUCAACGCGCCGUUAUCGAAAAUAUGUUUGCACCGGCCGAUAUCAAAAUUGAGCGACCAUCAAAGUCACGGUCGAGCACAUGAGUGUCAUCUUUUACAAUCGGUUAUCACCGAUCGAUUUUGAGUUCCGAGUUAUCAGAUAGCAGACCCAAAUAAUAUAAGGAAUAUUAUUUGUUGUAAUGAAUAAAGGUAAUCUUCCAAUGUUAGUAACAGGAAGAAUUAUACACCAAGUUAAAUAUCUAACAAAAUUUUGGGUUUUACUACUGACUUGUUGAAAUCGACGAUCUUAUAUAAUUUUAAAACUUUGGCGUAGGAUAAUAUUAAUGUUGUGUUACAUCUCCGGACACUUAAGAAUUAUCAAUUUGCGAAUCAAUAAAACAAUCAAAUAUUUUAAUUUGAAAAGACUUCCUGGUUACUGUAAAUAGUUUUAAGUUGAUAUGGAAAUUAAAUGUAUCUUUAAAUUAAUUAAUUAUAAUUAUGUACAAAUUCCUAUAAGCUUAGGUGUUAAUCUUUCUUUCCAUUGUAUCAUAUAGAUAGAAACUAUUGAAAAUGUAAAUAUAAUUUACUGUAAUUCAUAAGGAAAAAUAAAGACUGUUAUGGGAAUAUAA